AAAACGGUUGUGCAUAUUUGAAGAUUUUAUUUUUUUAUUAUAAUUAUUAUUAUUCAUUUCAUACUAUGGCACAAAAGAAAGCCACUUGUUACAUUUUAAAUGUUCAUCAUUUAAUGUCAAAUGACUUUACAAAAGCUCUUAGUACAUUAACCGAUAAUAUUGAGGAUAAGAUACUUAGUGGUCGUAAAACGGAUAUGGUUUCUGUUUUACUUUCAGGAACACCAGAAACUCAUAAUAUUCUAGCUGAACAAACACCUGGACAAUACCAAAACAUCACAUCAUUAUGCUCGAUCGCACAACCCAAUGUAGAUCUAUUAAGAAAAUUACAAAAUAUAAGCACUUCAAAAGAAACAAUUCCUUCAGCAGAUGUUCUUGAUGCUGUCAUUAUUGCAACACAAAUGAUUGUUAAUCAUUGUAAAAAAUUAAAAUACAACAAAGCAAUCACUGUAUUUACAAAUGCUACAUAUCCUAUUGAUUGGCUUGAUUUGGAUGCAGUAGUCGAUAUGUUACAAUCUAACGAUAUUCGAUUGACUAUAGUUGGUACUGAUUAUGAUCUAUACAAGUCAGCAGAUUGUCCUGAAAUUAUUCGAUGCAACUAUGAUAACUGGAUGGAAAUGACUAAAAGAAUAGGAAAUGACAGUGAAGUGCUUAGUUUAAGUGAAGCUUAUGGACUAACACAAAUGGACUAUGCAAAAGAAAUACGAUCUGUACCAUCUUAUCGUGGUUAUCUUUAUCUCGGCAAUCCACGCACCAACGAGCAUUUUCUAGCCAUUCAUAUAUUUAUGUAUCUCCGUACAAAGGAAACAAAGUUGCCCAUAGGUAGUAAAUGGUCUGCCUUGAGUAAUGGUCCGACACAUGAAGUGAUAGCAGAGUCAAAAUAUGUAAUUGAUGAAGAUACAGCGGCAUCAUAUCAAGGCGAAAAUUUUAUAGGUGAUCAAACUGAGAUUGAGAUCUCCAAGGAUGAACUUGAAAAGGCAUUCAGAUUUGGUAAAACAAUUGUUAAAAUAUCAGAUGAGGAAAUGGAAGUUGCUCAAUUAAGAACGAAUAAAGAAAUGACUAUCCUUGGAUUUAUUCCUGCUGAUACCUUUCCACGACAUUAUUUAUAUUCAAAUGCACAUAUUAUUACAGCUGGAAAUUAUUGUACAGAAGAAUCAGCGCUUGCUCUUCGAUCCUUUGCAUAUGCUCUUUAUGAAAAAGGAUGUCUUGCGCUUGUUCGGUAUGUGUUUAAAGAUGAUGGUCAGCCAAAAAUUGGUGUACUACAUCCGGAACUCGUAUUAGGAUCUGAAGGAAUACCGGAUACAUUAUUACUUCAAUAUUUUAAUAUUCCAUUUGCAGAGGAUAUUCGUGAUUAUAAAUUUAGAUCCUUUAAAAAUCCUAGAGUGAAUGAUCCGAAAGGAAUUGAAUUAAUGAAUAAUUUGGUUGACUCUAUGAACCUUGAUCAAAUAGGGAAAGAAUAUUUAGUUCCUGAAUUAAAUUUUAAUCCAAUUUUAUGGCGUUUUAAUAAAACCAUUAAAAUGCGAGCUUUGAAUCCUUCUGCUAAUAUUCCAGAUAUCAAAGAAUCAGCUAAAUGCCAGUUUGAAAUUUCUCCUUACUUUAAAGAAAAGGCCAGUGAGCUUGGUGAAAAGAUUGCUAACUAUUAUAAUGUUCAGAAAGUUGAAGACAAUACAGAAAAAAAGAAGAGAACCUUUAAGGAAAUGGAAAAUAAUGAUAUCAUGACUGAAAGCUAUAACAUUGAUAUUGAUGAAAUCAUUCGAUCAGUGCAACAAUCAAAUAGUAAUAAUAAUACAUCAAUAGAAAAAAAUUUACCGAAUAUUCCUGAAACAGAAGUUGAAUCGGUGGGCAUGAUUACACCUGUUGAAGAUUUUAGAGCUUUAUUGAACAAACCGUCUGAAAUUGAUAGGGUCGAAUCAGCCAUGACACAAAUGGCUAAAGUCAUUAUUAGAUUACUUGAGACAUCAUUUGGUAAUCAAAACUAUGCAAAAGUUAUUCAAUGUUUAACAGCUCUUAGACAAAUUGCUAUUCAAGAGGAUGCAGCUAUAAUAUAUAAUAAUCACAUACGAGAAGUGAAAGUAUGGUGUGAUCCCUCAACAGUCAAAUCCUCUCCUCGCUAUGAACUUUGGGAGAAAUUAAAAAGUAAAAAUCUAGGUUUAAUUACAAGAGAUGAAAGUAAAGAUAUAGAUAACCUCAACGUAUCUAAAGAAGUUGCUAUGAAGUUUUGGAAUGAGAAUGAGAAUGAUUCUUCUAAUCUUUCAGAACAAGAAGAUUUGAUAAGUAACGAUAAUACUGUUCAAUUCAAUGCUGAUGAUUUGGAGGAUAUGCUUUAAGUUAUGCAUAAAAAGAAAUAUCGUUAUUGAUAUGAGUGUAUUAAAGUCACCUUGUUUUUUUUUGUAUAUACAGUCUCGAACAUGAGUAUGAUUUAUUAACCAUGUUAUUGGAUGGUAUAAAAAAUCACAUGUAAAAGUAGUAAAAAAUAAAAAGUGUAAAAAGGAGAAAUUUACAUUUUUA